AUGCCAGUCCCCGUCCCCGAACUCGGCUCCUACAACUUUGUCCCCGAGACGAAGGAAGACCUCAACUGGGCAGACCUCGUCACGAUCGACCUGAGCCUGUACGGCACACCCGAAGGCCAGCAGCAGCUCGCGCAGACACUCAUCAAGGCCGUGCGCGAGGACGGCUUCUUCUACGUGAAGAACUUCGGCAUCGCCCAGGAGCGCGUGAACCGCCAGUUCGCGAUCGGGAAGCAGCUCUACGACGUCCCGCUCGCGGAGAAGCUCAAGUACGUCCCAGAGGGCCUUGAUAAUGGUGCUUUCAAUGGCUACGUGCCUGCGGGCCGGCGCAUUCUGGAUGCUGCUUCCGGCCUUCGUGACAGGGUAGAGGUAUACAACAUCCCCAAGUUCAACGGUGACUUCAAGCAUGAGCACCCUGAGAUUAUCACGAAGAACCUGCCCGAGAUUGAAGAAUUCGCUAGGUCUCUGCACUCAGAGGUGCUCGAUCCGCUGCACACCCUGCUCGCCAUCGCCUUAGAGCUCCCAGAGGACUACUUUCGUAACAUCCACACCUACGAGAGGAAGAGCGAGGACCACCUCCGGUACAUGAAGUACGGCAAGUUCACGCCUGAGGAAAACGCGCGGCUCGGGCUCUGGGGUCGCGGCCAUACCGACCUCGGCUCGUUCACGCUCCUUUUCCGGCAGCCCGUCGCUGCGCUGCAGAUCAGGAACCAUGCGACGGGCGAGUGGAAGUGGGUCAAGCCCCAGGACGGGACGCUCACCGUCAACACGUGCGACGCGCUCAACCUGCUCACAGGCGGGUACGUACGGAGUACGAUACACCGAGUCGCGGCACCGCCCAAGGACCAGCAGCAUGUCGACCGCCUCGGGCUGCUCUAUUUCUCGCGUCCGCACAACGACGUCAAGCUUGCCACCAUCAAGGAGUCCCCUGUGCUACAGCGCGCAGGCACCACCCAGAACAGCUUCGAGGAGAGCGGAAACCCCGUGCCGACCAUGGAGGAGUGGACGUUCGCGAAGCAGAAGUGGCAGCGGACCAAGAAUGUCGUUCGCGGUGACCCAAGCUUCGAAACUGCGCAAAUUCUUCCCGGUUGGAACGAAAAGGUGUACGCUUAG